AGCUGGGGUUGUCGCAACACUCUUUUUGCGUUUGAUGAUGCUGAGCUCUCACUUUAACUUGUGGCGUUUCCUCAGGUGAUGUCAAUCGUACAUUUCACUCAAGAUGGCGGAUCAAGUUGUCGUUUCUGCGUCCAAUCGUACACCAGUCGUGCAAAUCGUUACCUGGUUUUGCCUAGUAGUGAGCGUUCUUGCGUUCCUCUCGCACGCUGGCGUCAAAGUCUACAUCUCGCGAUCAUUGACUGUCGAGACUGGCUUUGUCUUCCUCGCUUUGCUUUUCGGAAGUGCGCAGUCGAUCGCCGUGUCGUUACAAGCUUCCAAUGGCUUUGGAAAACCCACGAGCUCGUUGAGCAAUGAGCAAUCUCAGGCAGUCAUGAAGAGCGCAUACGCUGCCGCGAUCCUGUUCUUCUUCUCCAUCGCUUUUUCCAAGCUAGCAAUCGUCGCUUUUAUCGAUGGGUUAACACCAAAGAAACUGGAUAGACGUUUGAACUAUGCAGCGGGGGCCUUUGCGAUUGUCUGGCUUGUUGUCGCUGUCUUUAUUGCGGCGUUCCAAUGUGGGCUGCCUCGUCCGUGGGACAAAACGUCAGGAAGAUGUAUAAACGGUCUGGAGUGGUGGGAUUCAAUCACAAUUCUGAACAUGGUAUCCGAGGCGGCCCUUGUGGCCUUGGAGAUGGGCAUCAUAGCUCCUCUUCAAAUGGCACGGCAAAGAAAGGUCUCUUUGAUCUGUCUGCUCACCUGCCGGCUACUUGUCUCUAUCGCGGCUGCCAUCCAGCUUCAUUUCUUUCACCAAGAUGCUUCUGGUCCUCUGAAAGACGAUUACGCGCUCGGAUACUGGCGAUCGACCAUUUGCAAUCAGAUUGUGCAGUGUGUUGCCACAGUUACAACAUCACUUCCCUAUACAAAGAUUUUCAUGGAAAGUUUUGAAUCGGGUCUGAUUGGAGCCGAAAGGCCUGGAGGCAAAACGGAACGUUCGACAGAGGGCAGUGGACCCAGUGGGAGAGGUUGGGAACUGCUCGACGUUUCUCGCGGUUCUGCGACCAGGCCCAUAGAUGGCAUUAGCAAAACUCAAACCUUCACGGUUGAGACGACGCGGAGGGCCUGAAUAUUGUAUAUUGAGCAAGUUUUUGUUCCUUCUCAGCACAAAAUGAACACCAACUUGGGUCGAGCCAGGGACAUUUGAGAAUGGUAAUUUGA